CCGCGGCGCGCACCAUCUCACCCGAUCCGUUUUUGGCUGAACACCGGAAGAGAACGUCACUUCCCCAAUGAUCAUCUGACGUGUCUAAAACUGUUUUCCACCGGUAUUAGGGAUUUUACGCGUGGGAUAUUUAUCAGACGUUUAACUGUAAGCUGAUCCGUGGGGACAAGAUGUUGGAUUUCUUCACCAUCUUCAGCAAAGGGGGUAUAGUGCUGUGGUGCUUUCAGGGAGCCGGUGUAACUGAGUCUUUCACGGGGCCAGUCAACGCUCUGAUCCGCUCGGUGAUCCUCCAGGAGCGCGGUGGGAACAAGUCCUUCACUCACGAAGCUCUGAGUCUGAAAUACAAGCUGGACAAUGAGUUUGAGUUGAUAUUUGUGGUGGGUUUUCAAAAGAUCCUGACGCUGAUUUACGUGGACAAGUUUAUAGAUGAUGUCCAGCUUCACUUCAGGGAUCGUUAUAAGAACGAGUUGGAGCAAAAGGGAGCUCUGAAGCUUCUUAACAACACCUUUGACUUUGAGGACAGGUUCAAGAAACUUCUAAGAGAGGCGGAGGAAACCAGUAAAGCCCGAAGCCACGCUCCCAUGCGGUCCUUUAAGGAGUCAGAGAAAUCCCAAAAAACUGUAAAGUCCAUGAUUGAGACGAAGGGUGGUGAUAAGGCGAAGGAACCAGGAGGCAAAAAGAAUAAAAAUACUAAAAAGGAGGCUCCUGCAGUUGAGCCUGCCAAAGGGGAUCAAGGCAAGACUUCACCUCCUGACCAGAAGGCUGUGGUGAACGGUAACCAAGGCUUAACUCCAGAGGAGAUCAUGCAAAAGAAACGAGAGGAUUUCUUCCGCAAGCACGUCAAGGGAACUAGUGAAAAACCAAGCAAGUCCCCAAAGCCCCAAAAGCCAAAGGAGAAACAGAACCGUGUUUGGAACAACGGAGGUAACAGCACCAAGAACCUGGACUACAGCAACAAGAAUGGAGACGCUUCUCCUGGAGAUGGCGAAAAGAACCUGGAAGCACAGUUUGACCCGGAUUUGCAGGUCAGCUCCAUGAAAGGCGACUUGCGUUCUGUGGACUACGAGUCCAGUGAGGAGGAAGAGAUGGAGGAGGAGGAAGAAGAGGAAGUGGUUGUCAGUAAAACAAGCAAGACAAGUCCCAAAAAGCGUGGCGGAUUUGGGGGGAUGUUUGGGAUGCUGAAGGGUCUGGUGGGGUCUAAGAGCCUCUCUCAGGAGGACAUGGAGCCGGUGCUGGAGAAAAUGAGGGACCACUUGAUUGCUAAGAACGUAGCAGCUGAUAUUUCCUCCAGGCUGUGUGAAUCUGUUGCUAAGAAGCUGGAGGGUAAAGUCAUGGGCACGUUCACCACUGUGGCCUCGACAGUGAAGCAGGCCCUGCAGGACUCCCUGGUGCAGAUCCUGCAGCCCAAGCGCAGGGUGGACAUCCUGAGAGACGUCAUGGAGGCUCAGAGUCAGCGCAGGCCUUUCGUCAUCACAUUUUGUGGUGUCAAUGGGGUUGGCAAGUCUACCAACCUAGCAAAGAUCUCCUACUGGCUGAUUGAAAAUGGUUUCAGUGUGCUGAUCGCAGCUUGUGACACAUUUCGUGCGGGCGCGGUGGAGCAGCUUCGUACUCAUCAGCGCCGCCUGAAUUCUCUGCACCCUCCAGAAAAGCACGGAGGUCGCCUGGUGGUCCAGCUCUAUGAGAAGGGCUACGGGAAAGAUGCAGCUGGAAUUGCAAUGGAGGCCAUUGCCUACGCUCGGAACCAGGCCUUUGAUGUGGUUCUGGUGGACACUGCUGGGCGAAUGCAGGACAACGCCCCUCUAAUGACGGCUCUGGCCAAGCUUAUCGCUGUCAACAUGCCUGAUUUGGUGCUGUUUGUUGGAGAGGCUCUGGUGGGCAAUGAAGCAGUUGACCAGCUGGUGAAGUUUAAUCAGGCUCUGGCAGACCACUCCAUGUCUGACAAGCCUCGCCUCAUUGAUGGAAUUGUUCUCACAAAGUUUGACACCAUUGAUGACAAGGUUGGUGCAGCCAUCUCCAUGACUUACAUCACUGGCCAGCCCAUUGUGUUCGUGGGCACAGGGCAGACCUACAACGACCUGCGCAGCCUCAACGCGCGUGCCGUGGUCGGCUCCCUGAUGAAGCCUUAAUAAGCGGCUGAACACUCUGCUCAAUAUUCAUCGGUUUUCUAGAAGGAGCCAACGGUACAUUCGCCACGCUCCCAUGAGCUGUUCGAGCACCAUUAGCCCACCUUUACCUGGUCGUGUCCUUGUCCACCCAACCUCGCAUCAAAUGAACAAGUGACGGACAGAUGUGCACUUCAAGAGAACGUUUUCCAUUAAAUCCGGUGGAGCCUUCCUUUGAAUAAUUCUUUAUUUUUGGGCCAAAACUGUGUAUUUUAGGUCAACUAACAUGGCAUUUUAACCGGACCUUGGUUGGGUCACUCGUUUACUGGUUCACACAAGCAAAACUUGUACAUGCUGUCCCUCGGCUUUUUCCAUCAUAUGGAAAUUGGGUUCCCUGUUCCCAAGGAAAGCUUAGCAACCAUAGUGCCUCUCUCUUUCGAUCUCUUAGUUUAAACAUUACAUGGACGGUUACCCACCAGGAAUACAGUUUCAGGUCAGAAACCUCAGUUUACAGAUGACAGCUGGAGUUAAAAUCAACAUUUAUACAGAUUAACAGGUUGAACUAAACUGCUUAAAAAGCUAAAUAAGGUAUGGAUUAAAAAGACCACUCUUAAUGGUGGUCCUCUAUAAAUCAGAACAGUACAGUACCCUAACAACUGUGCUGACUUUGUUUCAUUUGGAUGUUUCCAUUUAAAAUCAUCUAGAGCUUUUUCCCUAUAUGCUGCCCCCCCUCCCCCAUUCAUUAUUAAUGAAAAGUGGAAGGAUACGUUGUACAGGAAGAGUAUUUAAAUCAUUAAACUUUUUUCACAUUGUGCCACCUUACAACCACAAACUUUAGUGUAUGUUUUGGGGUUAAUGUGAGUGAUUUCUGAUUGUGAACUGGAAGGAAAAUUAUUUAUGGAUUUCAAAUAUUUUGUUUUGUCAAUAAAAACUGAGAAAUGUAGCAUGCAGAUGUAAUCAGUCCUACUGAGUCUACACUUUAAAAAGCCACCCCUUCACUAACUGCAGCUUUAGGUCUUUUGGGGUAUGUCUAUCGUAUUAAUUGUUGCCAGAUAACUAAAACUCGGUCAGAUUGAACAUUAAUGUUCCAAGCUUUGCCACAGAAUAUUCAUUUGGGUUUGGACUUUGCCCAUUUUUACCACAUUAAUACACUUUGAUCUAAAACGUUCCCUUGCAGCACUGGCUGAACGUUCAGGGUUGUCCUGAUAGAAAGUGAACCUCGACCCCACUACGAAGUCUUCUGCUUUGUUUUUCUUCCAGGACUGGUCUGUAUUUGGCACCAAUCAUCUCUGACCAGCUUCUUUGUCGCUGCUGAAGAAAAGCAUCCCUAUAGCAUGAUGCUGCCACCAAUAUGUUUUACUGUGGGCGUGGUGUGUUCAGCAUAAUGGGCCACACACAGCUUCUCUUAUGUUGACCAAAAUGUUAAGAAGCAGUAUUGUUAAAAUUUUAACUUUCUUCUUUUUAUAAAGUUUAGAUGUGAUGCACGAGUAAAAACCGUUCCAUUUACACGUUCUUCCACCUGAGCUGUGGAUCUCUGUAGCUGCUCCAAAGUUGUUGUUUUUUUCCAGAUGAUUGGAUCCAUGAGAUACAGAUUUAAAACCUAACCUCUGCUUUAAACAUUUCCACAACUUCCUCCCUGACCUGUCUGCCAUGUUCUUUAGUCUUUAUGAUGCUUUUUGUUCACUAAGGUCCUCUUGACAAACAUCUGGGGCCUUCACAGCGGCUGGAUUCUAUUUACCAAUUAACAUCUGAAGUGGAGUCAAUGGAUUGUAUUUGUCAAAGCAAACAGUAGAAAAUCUUAAAGUAGCUUUUUGUCCCUUCAACUGAAACAUCAUGCGCUACUUGAUGCUGGUCUAUCACGUAAAACACGAUAAAAAACACUGACGUCUGUGGUUUGUAAUGUGACAAAAUGUAAAAAACGGUCAAGAGGUGUGGAUACUUUUGAAAGACACAUUACAUUUGUUUUUUUUGUUUUUUUACUUCUGUCAGUCUUACAGAUUCGAGACUUCGUUGCUUCCUCUCAAUAUUAUGUGACCCUUUAUUUAAUUCUUUCCUUUUGAUUUGUUCUUCAUUUUUCUGAGUAAAUCAAAGUUUUAAAGAUAUUUAGCCCAUCCUUUAAGGUGUGGUAGUGCAAUAUGAGAGAAUCAAGGGUCAUACUGGCAUUUUGAACUAAUUUAUGAGAAUGUAAACAUUUCUUAAUAAAGCUGCUACAUGCUGA